AUGGCAGGUGGAGGUAAGAAGCGCUCUCGCUCUGCACAGGCAGAAGCGGUGUCGGCAGCUGAGGCUGCACAGCCUCAGGUGGAACCUCUGGCUGACGUGGCGGACGCCACCAAGGCGAUGGUGAACGACGAGGAAGAGAUGGUCGGCCAGCUGCACGUGCGGCGCGCGCAGACGACAAAGAUGAUGACGAACCGGCAGAAGAUGCUGGUUCUCGGUGCCCGUAGCAUGACGAGCAAGGACCGCCACCUGCUGCUCGACCUGCGUGGCCUCAUGCCGCACUCCCGCGAACAUCCGAAGAUUGGACGCACAAACACCCUUGGCGAUGACCUCAUCGAGCUGUGCGGACUGCAUCAAUGCAAUAGUGUUAUGUUCGUCGAGCCGCAUCGAAACGAUGUCAGCUACCUGUGGAUCGGACAGGCCCCCAGCGGCCCGAGCAUCAAAAUGCAGAUGAGCAACGUGCACACGGCGGACGAGAUUCGUAUGGCGGGGAACUGCCUCAAGUACAGUCGUCCGCUUCUCCACUUCGACCACGACUUUGAGCUCCACCCGCACCUGCGUGUGACCAAGUCGCUGCUGCACAUGGCCUUCAACACGCCCCGCUACCACCCCAAAUCAAAGCCGUUCGUGGACCGCAUCAUGUCUUUCCUGUGGCUCGACAACCACAUUUGGGUGCGUAACUAUCAAAUCGUGCCAACGAGCCCGCCGUCGUUGAUGGAGAUCGGGCCCCGCUUCACCUUGGAGCCGGUGGCGAUCUUCAACGGGUGCUGCAAGGGAAGCGUGCUAUGGAAGAGCGCGACGGCGCGGCCACCAACGGAGCAGCGCCGCGACCGCAAGCUGCGUCGCCUCGAGAAGCAGCAGGCCAACGAGGUGAUCAAAGAGAAGUCCGAGAGGCACAAGGCACUGCAUCCGGCACCGAGCGCCGACCCGCUCGACCUUGUCUUCCGUGACUGA